AUGGAACAAAUGCAGAUUGAUUCACAGGCCAAUACCCAGCUGCUGACAGCUGUGGAUGUGCGAAACAGACGCUCGGCAACACUAGAAGAUGUGGCAGAGUCAAUGAAGCAGCAGCUGCUGGUUCUUGUUGACUGGGCCAAAUUGAUUCCAUGUUUUUGUGAGCUUCCUCUGGAUGACCAGGUUGCACUGCUGCGAGCACAUGCAGGAGAACACCUGAUUCUGGGAGUGGCCAAACGAUCCUUACCAUUUUCUGAAGUGUUGUUAUUGAGCAAUGACUCUAUCAUCACUAGGCAGAAUGCUGACGUGGAUGUUGGACAUGUUGCCAGUCGGAUACUAGAUGAAAUUGUUGCUCCAAUGAGAGAGAUCCAAGUAGAUGACUCAGAGUAUGCCUGUUUGAAAACACUGGUUUUUUUCGACCCUGUUGCCCAAGGACUAAGCAAUGUCUCCAAGGUCAAACAGUUUCGCUACCAAGUUCAGGUAAACUUGGAGGACUACAUCAACGACCGCCAGUACGACAGUCGUGGUCGAUUCGGGGAGAUUCUCUUACUGCUGCCUUCCCUUCAGAGCAUCUGCUGGAAAAUGAUUGAGCAGAUCCAGUUUGCUAAACUGUUUGGAAUGGCCAGGGUGGACAAUCUUCUACAGGAGAUGUUGUUGGGCGGUUCCAGUGCAGCAGACGCUACAGAUCCUGUUUUAAACAAUCCAGUUCUGAACAGCCCAGUUGGUGGUAUGGUCGCCUCCCCACCCAUGGACCCUAUGAUUGCAGGGCUGGGACCAACUGAAGCCUUAAGUCUGAUGACAAACCCUGCCAGCAACAGUUACAGCCCUCUUCCCAACAGCCAAAGCCUGGAGGCAAGCCGAAUCAUGUUGAGUUUAUCCGAGCAAGUAACAACUCACCCUCAGAUGACGCAUUUAAUGCCAGGGUCAUCAGAUGUUCUUGGCAGCUUGCCAGUGGCGACUGUUGACCAAAUUCAGCUCAUUCCUUCCGGCCACAACAGGCCGGUCACUUCAGCUGACCAGGUCCAUUUAAGAGGCAGCAGUCCUCAUUUUAAAGUGAAGGUCUCAUCAGAACGUUUUAAGCAAGAUGGUGGCCAGCAUUUUCAGGAUGCCGAAGUGACACAUUUUAAACAGGAAGCUAUCUAA